GAAGUUCCGCCGGUUCCGCCAUUGCUUGUUUAUGUUUACCUCGACCACCACGACGUUAGUUUACCAGGGUUUACCUUCAAUGCUACCUUCAAGAACGAGGUUGAAAGGGCCCAGGACUGAACCAUGGUAGUGCGGUGCUGCAUCCCUUCCCGCAGAAGGAGAACCCGAAGAGGCAUCCGGGUGCGGGAAACAGGGGUGUCAUUUCACCAGUUUCCCUCAGACUCGAAGCUCUUUCAAGAGUGGAUUAAGGCACUAAAUUGUGAAGGAUUUACACCUAAUUUUGAUUGCCACAGAGUCUGCUCGGAUCACUUCAAGCAGACAGACUACAUUGAUGGCAAAAGACAUAGGUGCCUAAAAAGAGCUGCAGUCCCGAGUAUCUUCAACAGAUCUUCAGAGGACUCGCCACCAAACGAAGCAUCGUGCUCAGAUCAUCCAGAGCUUCGAAAGGAAAGAGGUAAUGGAGGAGCACCUCUGGAGGAGACAACCUGCCAAUUGGUAACUGCCAGCGACAUCCAAUUUAGCUGUAGUUUCUGCAACUAUGUCACUAGAGAACAGCGUGGAAUUGUGAGCCACCUAAUUGCUAAUGCUAACGAGCAACACUUCAACAUCCAGCAGUGCCCGAAGUCAUUUUCUACAAAACGGGACUGCAGCAUUUGCACUAAGGGUGACAUCGGUGAGAGGGCUUUGGAGGACCAGUUGCAUCCAGCAGCCAUUUGCACUAAGGGCGACAUCGGUGAGAGGGCUUUGGAGGACCAGUUGCAUCCAGCAGCAUCCUAUGGAAAUGGUGACCUGUGCCGUCAUGAGCAAGCGGAUAGUCGGGAAAAGUCUUAUCUGUGCCAACCCUCUACCUUAUCACGCGGUUCCCAAGCGCCCAUGACACUUAAGGAGCGGUUUAAGAAACUGUUUCAGUGCCCCAGCUGUUCAAAGACCUUUCUUAGGAAGCAAACUCUUGCAGUUCACAAUCGGACACACACAGGAGAGAGACCUUACAACUGCCCAUACUGUCCCAAUACCUUUGCUCACAGUUCAAAUUUAAAAGUUCACGUGAGGACACACACUGGUGAAAAACCUUACAAGUGCGAGCAGUGUAAUAAGACUUUUAUUAGCAGUUCCAGUUUGACCCAUCACGCUAGCAUACACAAAAUCAAAGCCUCUCAAGUGUCAGCUUUGUCCCAGGACGCUUGCUCUGAAAAUUCACAUGGGGAUGCUCACUGGUAA